AUGCGUUCGCCUGUUCGUUCGAGCCGCUACGAAGAGCCGCGCUCUCGAGUAAACAGCCCCCCGCGCCGAUACUCACCUGCCCGAGACACUCGCGACACACGCGACUACCGACGCCGCUCACCCUCUCCAAGACGCGAACGCCCCGACCCUUACACUGCGGAUACCUGGAGAAGUCGUAGGUCUCCUUCGCCCGCGCGACCGACAUACGCUUCAAACGAUGCAUCGGGUAGGGAUUCUGCAGCAACGUCGCGCCGCUCUUCCCCACCACCGAUCCAUCCUAGUCGGGCUGCACUUGUAGAGGAACGACCAGUCCGAGAGCCCGCCUCGGCGCCACGAUCGCCAUUCCGUGAGCGCCUCCCUGAUAGAGGACGGGACUACAGCCGUGAGGGAGAGCGGGAGCGGGAGCGGGAGCGGUCACCUCCACGUCGUAGGGAAAGCCCUCCAACAGGACCGCGCGGAGAUAGAGACUUUGCGCCUCCUACUGGACCAUCUUCGUCUUCAUACCGCAAUGGUGACAGUAACUUUGCUAGAGCUCCACCAACAGGGCCUUCCAGCCGGAGCUAUCCCUCCCCUGCGAUAUCGCCUCCCGCUGGCCCGUCAAACCUGGCACCACAACCCCCCGCGUUUCCCCGGGGCAAUAAUCCUGUUCUGGCAGCACCAACACGACCGCGUGGUAGUGGCCGUGGUGGGUUCGGAGGAUAUGAAGGACGAGGCGACUUCUCUGGCCCAUCCUCAAGACGAGGAUCUUGGGGUGCAGGACCGCGAGGAGGAGGCUAUUAUGGCGGUGCGCCAUCUGGCCCACGUGGUUCCAGCAGCGGCCCUGGUGGUGCAGCACCCUUUGCGCCCUCGUUCCGAGGAUCUAACAACUCCACCGCUACAACCUACCCCCGUACGAUGCGGUUCCGAGAUCAUCUCUCCGACCUCCCCAAGGAAAUACCUGGUGGCCAGAGAGCUCCGGAACUGUACGACAAGAGUAAGAUCUUGAAGCUUGAGGCAGAGGCGCAGAAGUUGAGGGAAAUGAUUGACAAGAAAGAGGAUGCAAAGAGGCAGAAACUCAGGGAGUGGGACAGUCUUGAACGCGAGGCUGAGACGGCUCAGCUCAGAGUCGACCUUGCAGAGGGUUCAUUGCGAAGCAUAAAUGGAGAAGCCGACGUCAGUGAUGCCUUCUAG